AUGUGGAGAGUCUUCGUUGGUAUUGAUCAUUCUCUGGUGGCCAACAAAUCUCUUAAGAGUCGUGCUCAAGCCAAGAACGACAUCAGCAAAGUUUCUGAGAUGCGUCGAAUUAUUCUGCAGAGCAACGGUAAGCGCGUGCAAAUUAUCAGAGGUAGGGCCUAUCCAGCUCAAGCUCUCAAGGCUGCUGAAUGGGGAUAA